AUGUGGGUGAUUCAUUCAUUCAUGCAUUCAUUAAUUCAUUCUAUGCUGUUAUUAACAAACGGCUCGCCCACCAGAAGUGAGCACAGGGUCGUCAUGGCCACUGCGGCGCCAGCAGGCGGCGCAGCACGUUGGGAGCAGUGGCGGCGCCCGCUGCCGCUGGGUGCCCGCAGCAGCGUGGAGACGGGCGAGCUGCUGAGAGCGGCGGUUGCACGGGCGGGCCGCAUCCGCGGCGACCUGGCGCAGCUGAGGGAGGAGGCGUUUGUGGCGGCCAGCUGCGCUCCCGCGGCUGCAGCCGCCGCCGCUGGUCCUCCUACCGACCCUUACUCCCUCCAGAUGGCGCUGCCUCCAACCGCCGGCGGUGGCGACCAUGCUCCCAUGAUGUUGCCAGUAAUGCUCAUGCAGCAGCACAGCGCGCCGCAGUUCAAGGUGAUGCCAGCAGUGGCUUUGGGCACGCCGGUGCACUCAGGCAGCGGCAGCGGUGGGUUUCACCCUCUGCUGGGUGCUGCUGGCGACUCACCCGGGCUGCCUACGGGCGAGUGCCGGGCAGCACCCAAGUCCUCUGGAACCCACCAAGAGGAGCAGCUGGCGAGCCAAUCUUCGUGGAGCAUCCCGUCAGGACGGUCUGGCAGGCUUCAGGGCCAGCAGCAGGCAGCACCGCCGCUGCGCCUCGCGAGCGCCGCCGACCCCGACCAGCCAGCUCUGCUCUCGCCGAGCGCCGACGGCGGCAGCCGUGCUGCAGCUGUGCAGCACCCAGAUGCGGCAAGGCGCAGCUCGUUUGAGGAUAUCAUUGCGGCGCUCAGGGCUGAAGCCUCCAUGCAGCCAGACUCGCAGCCUGGCGCAGCAGAGGAGCUGCUGCUAGCAGGUGCAGCAAUGCAUGGCAGCAACUCAGCGGCCCUCAGCUACGCCUGCUCUGCCGCAGCCACGCGCAGCAGCGACAGGCGGGGACAGCGGCUGGAGUGGGCUGGGCGCAGCACCCAGCAGCCUCAGCAGCGGCGGUCGGCGGCCAGGUCGCAACAGCAUCAGCAGCCGCUGCCGACUUUCGACCCCUCAGAAGUGAAUGCUGCCAAGCGGUAUAAUGAAGCCCGCAUGAGGGCAGGUGGCGGCCCCGCAGCCGCGCCGCGGUCCAGUGCGGUGCCGCGCCUGCCGCUGGCGUUGCUCAGCCGGGCCGGCAGCGGGGCCAGCAGCCUGCAGGGCUCGGCGCGGCUGAGUGGCAGGGAGAAUGUGCAUGGCCAGGGCGAGGCUAUUGCCGCCUGGGCUCAGCAGCAGCAGCAGCGCAGCACAGAGUGUGGCGCCAUGCCUUCCAGCAGCGGUGCAGCUUGUGGCAGUGCACGACCAGCAGCAGACGAGGCCUGUGGCCUCAACUUUCUGCCUCUGGCCAGAGAUGAGCGCAGCCCGCUGCGCAGCAACGCGACCGACGGCAGCAGUAGGCUGGCGGCAGCUGUUGGGGGAGAGUCUGCGUCGGCUGCUUCAGGGGCAUCGUCGCUCCGUUCUGGCCAGAAGGAGUCGCGAGUCAGCCUGGCAGCGCUGCUGGCAGCCUCCCCCGCCGCCAGCACCAGGGCAGCGGCAGCAGCCUCCAAUGGCAGCUCGUCAGCUGCUGCCGCCCCCAGCCACUCCCUGCCGGGCCCGCCCCAGGCGGCCUUCUCUAUGGGUGGCGCCGCCAGCGAGGCGCCUGCUGCGGCCUCGUCAGCAUCGUCGAGGAAGGAGGGGCAGCAGCAACGCCAGGCACCGACGGGAUCCACACCAUCCAUCGGCCGCAAGCGUUCGGGCAGCGAGGUGGGGCUGUCUCACGAGGAGGAGCCGGCUAGCGUCAAGAAACGGAGCCCAGAGGUCGUCAGCAGCAGCCACCGCCUGCUGCCGUGCACCGGCAAGCCGGCUUUGGCAGUAGCACCUGACCUGGCCAGGGCCCAGCAGGCAGGCAUGGGCGCCACGGUGGCUGAGCUGUUUUCUGAUGAGCAGCAGCAGUUGCAGCAGCAGCCGCAGGCCGUUGCAGAGCCCCCUGCGCUUCCCGCUGUGCUGCUUCCUGUAGCGGCAGUGGUGCCGGCGCCGGCAGCGGCACAGCCCAGCAGAUCCACUGCCAGCCAGCGGUCUCGGGGCUCCGCUGCCCAAGCCACAAGCUCUAAUGGGUACAGCAGCGGCAGGCUGGUGAUGCCUGUUGUGAUGCAGCACAGCCCAAUGAAGCAGCGGAGGCAGCAGCCUGCAGGCGAGCCGCCUGCACCUGAACCAGCAGCAGCAGCUCAACCUGCACCCGACAGGCCUAUGCAGCAGGCUGAUGUGCCUGCAGUGGCGCCGCCGCUGCGGCAGCGCCCGCCUCGCCCCGAUGCCAAACCAGCAACCGCCCAGCCUCAGCAGCUGCAGCGUCAGCAACCAACAGAGCAGGCCAGGCAGCAUCAGCAGCCAGGUCCGCUACCGCAGGCAAAGCAGCAGCAUGGGGCUGAUGUGCGGACGGCGGCUGAGGUGGCUGCAGAUGGUGGAGUGCAGAUGGUGGAGAAGGAGCUGCCUUCAGAGUCGUUCUGGGUGGCCAGACCUAAAGAGACGACGCAGCAGGCACAGCAGGCGCAGCACGCAAAACAGCAGCAGGUGCAGCAUGCGCAGCACGUGAAGCAGCAAGCGCCGCAGCCCAGCCCGCAGCAGCCUGAUCCAACCAGCACCUCAGUCCUGGUUGGCGGCGCAGCGGUAGGCAGCGGCAGCGAGCAGCCAAGGCAGCCGGCAGCGCCGCAGGUUGCUGCCUCCGCCGUGCUGCAGCCGGCGCUGGCGCCUGAACCCCAGUUGCCAACAGCCCAGUCACCGCCCCCGCCCACAAACGCCGCAGCUGCAGCUGCAGCGACGCCGGCUGCCACGCCUCGGGUCGCCAUCACGCCACGGCGCCGGAUGACCAGUCUGGAGCCACCCGAGUCGGGGCUGCGCCUGCGGGAUGAUGUGCAUGGGAAAGAGCUGCUGGGGUGCGCCCCUGAGCUGGUAGGGAUGACGGGAGUAGCGCUGCUGGACGUCAUGCGGCAGGGUUGUGUGGUGCGCAAGGCCUGGGUCAAACCCAACUUCAAGCAGGGCGGCUCGGUGCGCUGCGUCCAGCUGGCGCCAGGUGGCGGCGGCAAAGCAGAGCUGCUGUACCCCAGCGGGAUGUUCCGCAAGCCGCUGCGCGUCGCGGUGAAGCGUGGCGUGGUGAACAGCCCCGCGUGGCGCAUAGGCGCAUACCUGGUGCUGGACACAGCCCGCGGCAUGCUGCGGCUGGAGCCCAGCACCGCGGCAGAGUAUGCCCGAUGGGUGCUAGCCCUCAACGCCGCCUUUGUGGCCAGUGGGGCGGCUGGCGGCGGCGAGGGCGGAGGCAGCGGUGGCAUCAUGGGCCCGGUGGGAGAUAUGCCCUGGUCACCCGCCAUCCUGUUUGGUUGA